UAUGCUUCUAAACUAUUGUGUUUUACUUCAAUUAUUAUUAGCGAUAAAUCUGAGCAGUGCAAUUGAUAUCAGCGGAUACACGAAAUAUCCUAGACAAGAUUAUUACGGAUACGACAUGGGAAGGAUUAUUACUAAUACACAGGCUAUUGAUUGUGCGAAAUUCUAUGAAUUUCCUGGAUACAUAAAAUAUACCGAUACUGACUUUUCCGGUAGUUUUCAAGCUGAGAAAACUGAUAAUAAAGCCCAAUGCUAUGAAAUCUGCAGUAGUAGAUUAGUUGAGUGCAGAGGCUUUGUGUAUUACGAGGGCAAAUGCUUCCUUAAAACUACUGGACACUGGUCUAAAAAUCAAUUAAUAUCGAAACCAGGAGCAGAUUUGUAUAUUAAGGAUCUUGACGAUGAAAUUGCAGUAGAUGGAUUUAUCAGAUUCUCGGAGAAGAAUUAUAUCGGGAGUGAUUUUAAAACAUUUUAUGAUACAACAAGACAUAAAUCUGAACAGCCAAAGGAUAUGUCAUCCAAAAGUGUCGAACAUGUGGAAGAAAACAAUAAGUUUCUUCCAGGGAGAGUUCAGGUUUUUGAAGAGAGAAUUGGAGAGAGAAUCAAAUGGGGAAAUAAAUUAGAUUUUAUGUUUACGUGUAUAGGCUAUGCCGUUGGUUUCGGUAAUAUAUGGAGAUUUCCCUAUAUAUGCUAUCAAUAUGGAGGAGGUGCAUUUCUUGUCCCUUAUUUUAUUUUAAUUGCUGUUAUGGGUUUACCAUGCUAUUUUCUAUUAUUCGUUUUUGGCCAGUUUUCAAAGUUGGGCUUACUACAAAUGUGGAGAAUUAGUCCAAUAUGUAAAGGAAUAGGAUAUGCUAUCUUUUGGAUAAACUUUGUAAUUGGAUGUGGUUAUUCUAUUUUAGCAUCUCAAGUUGCUGUUUACUUUUUCGCUUCUGUAGUAUCAAUUUUUCAUGGUAUUCCUUGGAAUGGAUGUAAUAAUACCUGGAAUACUGAAAAUUGUACAGAAAUCGGGAAUACAAAGAAUUUUACUACGCAUCAAGCUUUAAGCCUUUCAAACAACUCUGUAACAGCAGUACAAGAAUAUUACAAUAACUAUAUACUUGAGAAAUCAUCUGGUUUAGAAGACUUUUCAGGCCUUUCUUGGAAAUUAUCGCUGGGAUUAUUAUUUAGAUACAUGCUAUCUUUCAUCUUACUUAUUAAAGGAAUAAGGUCAUUGGGGAAAGCUGCAUACUUCUUCUCGAUUUUUCCUUAUUUCAUGUUGUUUGCCCUCUUGAUUAGAAGUUGUACUUUACCUGGAUUUCUUGAUGGAAUAUUUUAUUUACUCAAACCCGACUUUUCUAAACUUUUAAACAUACGUGUAUGGUAUAUUGCAGCAAGUCAAGUUAUAUUUUCAAUGGGUGCGGUGGAUCCCACGAACAUAGUUAUGGCCUCGUACAAUGAUUUUCAUCAUAAUUGCCUCAAAGAUGCUCUUGUUAUUACCGUAAUUAACAGUUUAACGUCUUUAUUGGCUGGGUUUGUCGUGUUUAGUACACUAGGAUUCAUUGCUCAUGAAAGACAAACUCUUGUUGAAGAUGUCGCCACUAAUGGACCUGGUCUUGUAUUUGAAGUGUACCCAGAGGCUAUCUCAAGAAUGCCUUUACCGGCAUUAUGGGCAGUCUUAUUCUUUUCGAUGAUGCUUACGCUGGGUAUUAGUAGUAUGUUACCUUCUUUAGAAGCAUUAUCCAGCUCGAUCACAGAUUUGUGGCCCACUUUCUAUCCAUUCUAUCACUUCCAAUGGCAACAGGUGCAGGAAUUUAUAUAUUAG